UCCACUGUCCUAGCAGACGACAAUCCAACUUGCUACAGACCGAACUAUUCCUCUGUCCUAGCAGACGACAUUCCAACAUGCUUCCAACUAAACUAUUCCACUGUCCUAGCAGACGACAUUCCAACAUGCUUCCAACUAAACUAUUCCACUGUCCUAGCAGGCGACAUUCCAACAUGCUUCCAACUGAACUAUUCCACUGUCCUAGCAGACGACAUUCCAACAUGCUUCCAACUGAACUAUUCCACUGUCCUAGCAGACGACAUUCCAACAUGCUUCCAACUGAACUAUUCCACUGUCCUAGCAGACGACAUUCCAACAUGCUUCCAACUGAACUAUUCCACUGUCCUAGCAGACGACAUUCCAACAUGCUUCCAACUAAACUAUUCCACUGUCCUAGCAGACGACAUUCCAACAUGCUUCCAACUGAACUAUUCCACUGUCCUAGUAGACGAAAAUCAAACUUUUUACAUUGAUAUCUAA